AUGCACCUGCAGUUGUGGUAUUUGGCUGCACCCUUCUGGAUGAAAGUUUUCUGGGAAGACUAUCUGAGAGAUGGGACUUUUUACUUGCACAUGGCCUCCUCGCAAUCUUUCCCCGCACACCUCAAACUGCGUCAAGCAAACCAUAGACGUAUUUUAAGAGAGCUUUGCUUGGCCAAUAGCAGCCUAAAUUUCCUUGGGAAAUUGAAGACUUUUGACCAGAUUCCAAACUAAGCCCUGGAUCAUCUCAUUGUGGAUGAUCGCCAUGGUGUGAUUUACUGUUUUGUGCCCAAGUUGGCAUGUACCAACUGGAAACGAGUCAUGAUUGUGCUCAGCCAAAACCUCAAGACAUGAGCUUCAUAUUGCGAUCCUCUUACCAUACCAGCAGACUUUAGCCACAGUCCUACACAGCAUCUGACUUUUAACAAGUUUCAGAGGCGCUUUGGUCAUGCCUCGCGACAUUUAAUGCAACAAAAGCUGACGAACUAUACAAAGUUCCUUUUUGUACGGGAUACUAUUGUACGACUCAUGUCUGCCUUCCGGAACAAGUUUGCUAGGCAAUCUAUAAACUAUAAACACUUUGGCUCCAUAAUGCUUCAGCAUUAUGCUAAUAUUUCAACACCCCGAUGUGCUCAAGAAGCCUUCGCCGCAGGUAUCCAACCCUCAUUUCCAAACUUUAAGUACCUGUUAGAUGCUGACACUGAGGAGGAGGAGCCAUUCAAUGAGCACUGGCAGCAGGUUUACAGACUCUGCCAUCCUUGCCAAAUUGUAUAUGACUUUGUUGGGAAGCUGGAAAUUCUUGAUGAUGAUGAUGAUGAUGCAGAACAUUUGUUGAAGAUGCUUGGAAUGGAUAAUCAGAUUAAAUUUCCCCCAGGGUACCGCAAUAGGACGUCAGCAAACUGGGAGCAAGACUGGUUUGUGAAUGUUCCUUUAGAUGAUAGGAGAGAACUUUACAAUCUCUAUGAACCUGACUUCAGGUAAUUUGGACAUGGCAAACCUGAGACGCCUCCGUAUUAA